AGUGACCAAAGGAGGAAGUGCAACAGCAAGAGUGAACAAAAGUAGAGGUUGUAAGAUGAAGGAGUUUACCCUGUAGUUUGCUCUUGUUGACGGGCUUGACCCGGGAGGACCCGUGUGUGUGGAGAAAGAUGUACCUGCUGCUGCUGUUCCGCCUUCUCUGCCUGCUUUCAGGCUCCUAUUCCAUCCAGGGCCCAGCGUCCGUGAGAGGCCCAGAGCAGGGCUCACUGACCGUGCAGUGUCGCUAUGACCCCAAAUGGAAGAACUACGUGAAGUGGUGGUGUAAAGGAGCUGUUUGGAGUUCCUGCCAGAUUCUAGUUAAAACCACUGCAUCAGAGUGGGAGAAGGACCGUGUGUCCAUCAAGGACAAUCAGAGAAGCCACAUAUUCACCGUGACCAUGAAGGAGCUCAGGCAAGAUGAUGCAGACACUUACUGGUGUGGGAUUGAGAGAAGUGGAGUUGACCUUGGGGUCCCAGUUGUAGUGAUCAUCGAUCCAGCAACAACUACAGUGUCGACCACCCCCACUACCUCUACUGCCACCUCCACCAACAACAUGUUCACAGCUGAAGUCACCCCAGAAAACACUACCGAAGCCCCGACGGUGACCAGCCACCACUCCGAUGGCAGCGGUGACUCCGUUAAGCUCAACAUCCUCUUGCCCAUCUUCUUCGCUGUGUUGCUGCUUCUCUUGGUGGCGGCCUCCAUCCUGGCUUGGAGAAUGGUGAAGCGACAGAAGAAAGCUGCUGGGACAUCCCCAGAGCAGGUGGUCCAGCCCCUGGAGAACGACCUUUGCUACGCCAACCUGACCCUGACGCAGACUGGAACCUUCCCCAGCUCUUCCCGGAAGGAGGCCUUCACAGAGUCCCGCCCUUCUGCCCAGGAGGACCAGGAGGAAGUGGGAUAUGUCACCAUGGCUCCCUUUCCAAAUGAGGACAUUUGCUAUGCAACUGUGUCUUUGGACACCUCGGACCAGGAGCCAACCUAUAGCAACAUGGACAGUCUCAUCAGUGACCUGCCCAACAGGAGCCUCGAGGGGCCCACGGAAUACAGCUCCAUCAGGAUGCUUUAGCCGAUGCUAAGACCUCCUCUCCACCCCACACAAGGCCUGUCAGCACGUUCCUGCCUCGUCUGCUUUCUGUUCCCUGUCCCCUCCUGGGGACCAGCUGGUGCCUGAGGCCUUUGCCUGAUUCAGCCAGCCUCCCCCUCAGCUCUGACCUGGGCUCCAGGCCUGGUCUCAGAGAGCUUCUGGGAGCUACACAGCGCUCUCUCCACAUCCCUUCCUCGCCCACACGGCUUGGGAGGGGGCCAGGGCCAUGCUCCGGGGCUGCAGAGGGAGGAAUAACAAUGACAAAGAUAAUAGGAAUGCAUCGUAACUUAUUGCUUCCCACGUGUGGUGGGCUGAGUGAUGGGCCCCAAAGAUACCUGCGUGCUAAUCCCCAGACCUGUGAGCGUUAGUUACCUUAUGUGGCAAACGGGGCUGUGCCGAUGUAAUGAAGUUGAGGCUUUUGACAUGAGGAGAUUAUUCUAGAUUUUCCAGGUAGGUCCUAAAUAUAACCACAAAGGUCCUUAUGAAAGGGAGGCAAGACAGUCACAAGAGGUGAAGGCAAUGUGACAUGGAAGCUGUGUGUGGUGCGAUGCAGCCGGGAGCCGAGGAACGCCACAGCCUCUAGAAGCUGGAAAAGGCAAGCACCGGAUCUUCCCCUGGAGCCUCCAGAAGGAACCAGCCCUGCUGACACCUUGACUUUGGCCCAGUGAAACUGAUUUCGUACUUCUGGCCUCCAGAAUUGUAAGAGAAUAAAUGUGUAUUGUUUUCAUCAAGCCACUAAAUUUGUGGUAAUUUGUCAGAGUAGCCAGAGGCAACAGAUACUCUGUGGCCGGUGCUCUUCCCUACAGCAAAUAAUUUAAUCCUCAGGACAGCCCCACGAGGGUGCCUUGAUUACUGCCCCAUUUUACAGAUGAGGAAUCGAGGCAAAGAGGGGUUCAGUGAGUUACCAAGUUUUAUCGCUAGCAAGUGUAUACACACACUCACACAGCUACUCACACAGGGAUAGUUAGCGAAUAUUUACAAACUCUGGAUUCAUUGUCUUUAUUCCAGAGUCCCGGCAGCCCUCACCUCCGGAAUGUGACCUAAAUCCUGUCAUGUCUCAUUGUCUCCGUGCAACCGUCCAGUUCCCUGCCUGGAGUCCCUCUUUCAUUCUCUGUCCCUGAGCCCAUUCUCCUCCCAGCAGCCAGAAUGAUCUUUUUAAAGCACAGACCUGCUCACUCCUGUUUAUCACCUUCUGGUGGCUUUUCCCCCAGCCCACAAGGCCCCAGGACCCACGAGUCCCUGCCUGCCCCUUUGACCCGUCUCCGGCCACUCUCCCGCUCUCUUGCUCUGCUCAUCCACACCGGCCUUUCAGCUGCCCUUCUAACAAGAUAAGGCUUGCUCCCUUUUCAGGGUGUUGGCACUUGCUGUUCCUCCUUCGUGGAACGCUCUGCUUGCAGAUAUAUGAAUAUUAGCUUCUUUUUAUCAUCACCUCUCAGCUCAAAUGUCCCCUCUCAGAGCGGCCUUCCCUGACCACCCAACGGCAGUGGCCCCUGCUACGCCUCCCAUUUCUCUGUCACGUUGCCCUGUUUUACUUCCUCAUAGCAUUUACUACUUUUUGAACUUAUUUAUUGGUAUGUGGGUUUGCUGUGUCCCCCUCCACGAGGCUGUAGGCUGCCUGAAGGUGAGGACUUUGCCUUAUUCACCACUGUGUCCCCCUUGCCUAGUUUCACGUCUGGUAAGCGGUGGGUUCUGGAAUAUUUGUUGACUGAAUGAAUAAAUAAUGCAUGUUGUUUAGACUUGGAACUCAGAGCAAGCUCUCGGGAGCAGGAACACCUGUGUCCAUCAUUCUAGGAAGGACAUCCUGGGCCACCUGGGCCACCUAAGGAAUUCCAGCAUCGACUUCACGAAGUGUGAAGUGGAGCAACUUCUUUCUCUCCUCCUGAAACAGGGGAGAGGUGAGGAGCCAUGAUUCCUCCCAACUGCAGGACAAAGUUCUAUUACUUCACUGAGGUCUCUUUUGGCGGGGCCUAGAAUGAAGUGUCAGGGAAAGGAGUCAUGGCUUGGGAAGAAAUGAGCUAUGCCUGGGCCACAGGCAAGUGUCCCCGCAGGUAUGGGGGCCGUAGGAGUGUUUAGUGGGCCGUUUUCAGUGUGUCCUGGGGCUUUUCUGAUUUCUCACAGCUAUGGACACCGCAAGUGACUGGGGGUGGUGCCUUUGGUGGAUUGCCAUUCCAGCAUGUGCCACUCUUUGUUUCUGCUCCCACUCCCUGAAUAAUUCCCUAGAAUCUCAAGAGCUUUACCAUCGUGGGGAAUUUGCAGAACCCAAACGAGCUUAAAUAUUGUUGGGCUGGUCAUUUAUGCUGGUUGGGUCAGAGUGAGACUGUUUGACCCAGGCUGUUUGAAGAUUUACAGAACAAGAAGUACCGACAGAGAGAUCUUUAAAUGGAAAAGCUCAGAGCAGAGCAAAAGUUGAGUGAGUAGAAAUGUAAAAGUCAAAAUAGAAAGCCUUGGGCCAGGGAAUCAUUGUGCCAUUUUAACGACUGCAUACGAAGUGGUUUUAUUGCUGAGUUUUUAAGCAGCCAGCACCAAACAGAAUCUCUAACUGCAUGGUUAUGUUGGAUACUAAGGAAUUCACCUUUUCUAGUAAUCAGAUACUAAUGAAGAUUACUGCCAUGAAACUUCUGACCUAAAUCAAGAAACACAGGGAGACUAGCACUUUUAAUUACUUUAUUCAAGCCUUAAAACAGGUGUCUACCAAGUAUAUCACUGGCUAUAAUGUUUUAAUCCAGAAUUCCAGUCACCUGGAUUGGUGGCUGUCUGAAAAGGGAUCUUUUCGUGACCUCAGAAAUGGAGUUGACUAGAAUGG